AGCCGCCGCAGCGCCGGGACCGGGCAGCGCCGCGCCGCCGCCGAAUAAAAUAAUACAGAUAGAAGAAGAGCAAAGGGAGAAGUUAACUGACAACAUGAAGUUACUCAUCUUCCUCACCAUAACAUUGGGCACGCUUGUCACAGGACUAGAGUCUAUUUAUAGCUGGAAGUACUACAAGCUAUAUAAACGCAGAUCAGAACACAAGGAAUGCCCUUGUUUGAAUGGAGGAACAUGCAUUACCUAUUACCUCUUCAGUGGAAUAGGUCGUUGCAUAUGUCCAGAUGGAUACACUGGGAUUCACUGUGAACUAGACACUGACAGCAUGUGCUAUACUGAAAAUGGGGAGGACUACAGAGGGAUGGCAACAGAAGACAAAUGUCUGCCUUGGAACUCUCCCUCACUAAUCACUAGGGGUCGUUACCAUGCUUAUUCAGAGAAUGCUUUGCAGCUUGGGCUGGGCAAACACAGCUACUGCAGAAACCCAAAUGGAAGGAACAGGCCCUGGUGUUACACCAGAAGGGGAUCUGCCAUUCAAGAAACCCCUUGCAACAUAAAGAAAUGUGGGCCUAUGUGUGGUCAAAGGAGCAUCAGCAAGAACUUCAAGAUUGUUGGUGGAAGGCAGGCAGAGGUUGAGUCUCAGCCUUGGAUAGCUGGCAUCUUCCAGAACAUAAGGGGCAUGGACCACUUCCUGUGUGGUGGCAGCCUCAUCGACCCUUGCUGGGUGCUCACAGCAGCGCACUGUUUCCAUACUCCGUCAAGAAGACCAAUAAACAAAUCUGUCUACAAAGUGUUUCUUGGAAAGUCUAUAUUGAAUGUUACUGAUGAUAAGGAACAAGUAUUCAUGGUUGAUGAGAUCAUCUCUCACCCUGACUUUACAGAUGACACAGGUGGCAAUGAGAAUGAUAUUGCUUUGAUAAGGAUAAGGACGACUUCUGGACAGUGUGCAGUAGAAUCCAAGUAUGUCAGAACAGUUUGCUUGCCAGAGAGAAACCUUUACUUAAAAGACAAUACCCAUUGUGAAAUAGCUGGCUACGGAAAGCAAGAUUUUUAUGACAUCUUUUAUGCCCAAAGACUGAUGUCAGCCACUGUGAACUUAAUAUCACAAAGAAAAUGCAAAUAUGAAUACUAUGACAGUAUUAGAGUUACUGACAACAUGGUCUGUGCUGGGGAUCCCACAUGGCAGAUUGAUGCCUGCAAGGGAGAUUCUGGUGGCCCCAUGGUCUGUGAGCACAAUGGCAGGAUGAUAGUUUAUGGGAUUGUCAGCUGGGGAGAUGGCUGUGCAAAGGAAAACAAGCCUGGUGUUUACACCAGAGUUACUCAAUACCUUAACUGGAUUGACUCCAACAUGAAUGGGGUACUUGCCAAGAGUCGUUUUCUUCCUGAACCGAAGUGACCUUUUUUCUACAGCUGGACUGAAGUGAACAAGAUUCAGCCUAUAACUGACACCAGGACAGUGAAGACCUGAAUGUCAUAAGAGGCUUUCAUUUUAAAUGCUUGUGUGGUCAGUCACUCACAUCAGUGUUCCUGAGGCAUGAGGCAGAGAGAUGGUUGAUAUAUGAUCUUACUACUCUGAAUUACCUGGAAACCACUCAAUGGGAAGCUAAAAUAUUUAACAUUUAAAUGAGUAUUCCCAUGCAUGAUACUAUGCAUAGCAAGUUAUCUGUCUACUUUGUUUAUGAACCAGCAUUUGUUCUGGAAAUACUGAUACAGUUUCAACUUACUUAACUCAAGUAUUCAUUUUAUACAUGACCUGAGUCUAAAAUCUCCCCUCAUUGUACUGAAUAAUACUAAGACUCAAGUCCCACAAACCUAACCUGUUAAGACCAGUACUGAGAGAGUGAUCAGACUUAGCAUCUAAGUGGAAAAA